AUGGCAAGUUCGUUCGCGGCGCUUCCAUCCGCAGACGUCGAGCUCUACAGCCGCCAGCUUCUGGUCAAGGACUUUGGCGUGAAAUGUCAGAAGAAGCUCCUCGAGUGCAGAGUGUUGGUCGUUGGUGCGGGUGGCCUCGGUUGCCCAGUUCUCCUCUACUUAAGUGGAAUGGGCGUCGGGCACCUUGGCAUUGUCGAUGGCGACUACGUCGAUUUGAGCAACCUCCAUCGGCAGGUGUUGCACACCCCUGCCAAAGUUGGUCAGCUCAAGGUCGAGAGUGCACGAGCCGCAGUCCUGCUGCGAUCGCCGUCCAUUCAAGUCGAGGUGUUUCCUGUCCGCAUGGACGCAUCCAAUGCUGUUGCCAUCAUGGAGUCCUACGAUGUGGUCGUUGAUGCUUCAGACAACGUGGCCACGCGGUACUUGGUGAACGACAUGUGCUGCUUGUUGCACAAGCCGCUCGUGAGUGGAAGUGCACUGGGGUUGGAAGGACAAGUGUCCGUCUUCAACUUCCACGGCGGGCCGUGUUAUCGAUGCUGCUUCCCCACACCCAUGCCCCAGACCAUGGCUGGCUCGUGUUCGGACCAAGGGGUGCUGGGGGUCGUCCCAGGAAUCAUCGGCUCACUGCAAGCGAUGGAGGCGGUCAAAGUCGUGUCGGGCCUCGGCCGGCCAUUGAGUGGCGUCCAAUGCUCGUUUGAUGCAUGGGACAUGGCCUUCCGCCACUUUAAGCUUCCAUCGAAACGCGAUGAUUGCGCAGUUUGCGGCACUUCACCAACCAUAAGAAGUGCGAUGGAUUCAGCCGCGUCCGUCGGGCCACUAGUCUGCGAGCUCCCUUCCGUCGUCGAUCCUUCGCAUACUAUGAACUGGCAUCCAUGCUCAAAACCAACCCAAAACUUGUCGUCGUCGACGUUCGAGAGCGCGUGCAGUACGACAUUUGCCACCUCAUGCCGUCCAGAAAUGUCCCCCUUGCUGACCUAUUCACCCAAUUGCCGUCCCUCGUGGCGUCCACCGCCCCAGUGGCUGUGA